AUGCGUCUCCCUGACAGUAAUAUGGAUUCCCCUUAUCUAUCCUUGUAUAUCAUAUUAGCACCCUCUGCACGUUUGCGAGCAGAUUUCUUUUCAUUGUAUCUUCUUUGUUGUGUUUAUUUUCUUAUUAUAUUCGCUUUUUUUAUCAUUCAUCUUUCUAUUUUGCAUUUAACCUUGACUUCUUCUUCUUCUUCUUCUUCUUCUUCUUCUUCUUCUUCUCCUCCUCCUCCUCCUCCUUCUUCUUCUUCUUCUUUUUUCUUCUUCUUCUUCUUCUUCUUCUUCUUCUUCUUCUUCUUCUUCCUUUCAUUUUAUUUUGGCUCACAACCGAAGGUAGUUUACUUGAUUCAUUCGUUUAUUUUUAUUUUUCAAAUAUUUUCUUUUAAGAUUUUAUUAUUUUUUUUAACUUCAUUUAAUUUCUUUUAUUCAUUUUACUUCUAUAAAAUAACUGACUGUUUUAUUUCUUCCUUUCUCGUUUACCUUUUUUUUUUCUUGCCUUCUUCGAACUUUUUCUUUUGUCUCUUCAUUUAG